AUGACUCGCCUUUCCCAUCUAGCGAUACUCUAUUUCACAGGCUAUGUGGGUGCAAAUUUGGCCUACAAAUCUAGACCGGAUCUCGCUGUCCCUGUCCUGAAUAUUACUAUCCCAGCCACAAAUGAUACUGCCAAUGGUCUUAUUUUCUAUACCCCCGAAAGCACUUUUGCAGAUGAUACCGGCCACGGUCCCGCUCAGAGCGGCCCCUAUAUCUAUACCGAUAAAGGGGAGCUGGUUUGGACAGGAUUUGGAUACGUUGGUCCGAGAAGUGAAAACUUACAGGUGCACACCUAUAGAGGAGAGCAAGUACUGAGCAUUUUCGACGGUUCGCACAACUCGCCAAUGGGGCACGGGCAUGGACACACCACUAUCCUCGAUAACCAAUACCGACUGCUCAAGCAAAUCAAAGGCGGAGGUCACAAAUUGGCCGACCAGCAUGAAUUUCUAUUCUUCGAUGAUCAUUCAGCUGUCUUCACUAUUUUCGACCCCGAAAUUCACGAUCUAACCGAUUACGGCGCCACGUCAGAGAAUCAGCAAUGGAUUCUCGAUAACAAGAUUCAAAAGGUGGAUACCGAUACAAAUCAGGUCUUAUGGGAAUGGAGUUCUCUUGACCAUGUCGAUCCUGCUGGGACCAACUUGACAUUACAGAGUGGCAAUGCUGGACUGGGAGUGAAUUCAAGUCAAGUGUGGCAUUACUUUUACAUGAAUGCGUUUGAUGUCGACCCGGAAAGCAACACUUAUUUGCUGUCCGCCCGAAGCAUGUGCACGAUAUUCAAGAUGGACGGCGAAACUGGCGAUAUCAUCUGGCAACUGGGAGGGAAGCACUCCGACUUCUUGCUUGGCGAAGGCGUCGACUUCUGCUGGCAGCACGACACCCGAAUGCAUAAGAAAUACCUGCACUACGAAACAAAAGGAUCCAAGGAGAUCAUUUCAUUCUUUGACAACUCCGCACAUGAGAAUUUGGCUGGAGGCCCCAUUCUGAAAACUCGUGAUUACAGUGCCGGGAAAGUCGUCGAGCUUGACACGGAAAAGCGUACAGCCAAGCUGAUAGCCAUGUUUCGGGCACCCGGAGAUCUGUCAGUCAGGUCCCAAGGAAAUGUCCAACUUCUCCCAAACGGGAAUGCGUUUAUCAACUGGGGCUACGAGGGUGCCAUGUCCGAGCAUAAGCCAGACGGGACCACCAUAUUCUUCACAAAGCUGGAUUCAGGAAGACUAGGUCCCGGGUCGGAGAAUUACCGCGCGUUCAAAUUUGAUUGGCAUGCUCUCCCAUAUGAGGAGCCAGCAUUGGUCGCCUUCAAAGAGUCAAAUGGAACAUCUAUCUAUAUUAGUUGGAAUGGGGAUACGGAGACCACCAUCUGGAAGUUUUACGAACAGAAUCUUGGCGAAGAAAUUCCACUCGGCCAGACAAGAAGGAAUGGGUUCGAAACAAAGUUCCAAACUGGAGAGGAACCAGCUUACGUGGUAGCCAAGGCAUAUGACGCUCGCGGAAAAUGUCUUGUUUCUUCGCCGGUGAUUAAAGUCAAAGAGUACCGAUCGCGUCUCCGUUAUUGA